GCCCAAUAAUUGGAAUGCGAUGGCGAUGUUUGUAUUGCGAGGACUACCACUUGUGUACGAAGUGUUAUAUGCAAGACGAACAUAAAGUAAAACAUCCGUUUGAAAGACAUCAGGGAAUGAAAACAAUGAGUGACAAUGUAGGAAUUAGGUACAAUGUAGAGUGUGUGGAAGGGAGGGGGAUUCUCAUUGGAGCACGUGUGAAAUCGAGGAAAGGUCCAAAAAUUGAAGGAACAGUGAUCGAUAUGGAAGAUAGCAUACCGCUAUAUAAUUGCGACGCAAAAGUCAUCUGGGAAGGUGGACCUACUAGAAGAUGCAGAGUUGGAAGACAUGGAGAAGUGGACAUAAAGUUUAUAGUACCGGCAGAAGUACCUUACAUUGAAGACCAUUUACAAAAAAUCACUGAAGGUAUUAGUGUCGUUCAACCAGACACUCAGCUUCUACGUUAA